AUGGUGGGGCAGAUAGACUCAAUACCUGGUGUAAAUCCAUAUAGUGGAGAAAAUAACAGAAAUAAAGCUGUUGUAAGGAGAGAGGAAAGCAAUGACACUCAAACACUUUUGAACAGAUGCACUUACACUUCCCUUUUAGAUCUCCAAGCUAGUGCAGACGUACUACAAGAACAUACAUCCCCAAACUCCUUUGUUGCGUUGCAUGAGGAGGACGUAAAAAGUCAACAAAGAGAGGAAAUGCUACAAGAGCAUGAUACACUAAAUGCUUGUAAUUCCUUGCAUGGAAUUACUACUGAUACAGGGGCUACGUUGGCUUUAGUAGGGCAAGAGCAUGCAUCGUCGAUUGUAUGGGAUCCUUUACAUAUCACGUCUGCCAUCUCUAUGGAUGAUUCUACCUUAGUUGAUCAGAUAGGUACUGAGCUUUCCCCUCAUGCUGUAUCUGAAGGUGGUCUGGGUAUAGAAAAAUGA